AACUGGUGGUAAGAGAUUCAAGAUCCUGAAUUACCUUGUGCAAGUCACUCAACUUAUGCAUGAGUUCUUCAGCUGUAAAAUUAGGAAUAAUAGGGCUUGCUUGGGGGUUGUGAGGAUAAAUACCUUAAAGAUUAUGGCACACAGAUGAUAUGCUAAUGAGGGCCACCUUAAUACCUAAUCUAGCUAAAGUAAGCAUUAGAACAGGCAAGAAACCAGCACUCUAUUGUCCUAAAUUAACAGUAUUUGGAAUCUCAACUGAAUUUAGCUACAGUAUUUCCAAGACACCAACCACCAUGAUAUCUUAAGUGCCAUUAUAAACAUAUAUGUACAUGGAUUGUUAUGGAAAAUAAAGCCCAGUAGCAUUUUGAGAUUAAUAUGCUGUGACUGAUAAAAUAGAGCUGGACUGUGUUUCUGUUACAGACCCUUAAUAAUAUACUUGUCAGCUGUCAUCUGUUCCCUUACAGAUCCUGUUCUAUUUAAAUGGAUUUUAUUACAUCUUUUAUUUCUUGGCAACUCUUCUAAUGAUUAUUUAUAAAAGUCAAGUUUACAGUUAUCCGGAUAAUUACUUAGCUCUUGAUCUUGUACUGCUGUUCAUUAUGGCCAUUCUAGAAGCAAUCCGAUUAUACUCAGGUACAAAGGGUAACCUGACAGAAGAAGAGGUUCCACUAGGAGUCAGUCUUGUGAUUUCUAUUGGCUGCAUAAUGCUGUCUGUUUACUUCCUGGUGUGGGAGACCUACAUACUGAAAGCAGAUGUCAUUAUUAAUGCUAUUCUUCUCUGUACAUAUGGUCUUGAGGGAAUACUACAGAUCAUAGCCAUUGCUGCAUUUGUCAGCUAAACUUCACGGACAACAUUCCUCUUUAAAGUGUGUUCCUUGUAAACUACUAGGGAAAUUCAUCCUUAUAUUAUAAGGUUUCAUUUAGCUCUACUCUGUUACCUAUGAAUAACCAGCUAAAAUGUUCUGUACAGUAGCUCUGUUCCACUAUCUAGUACAGUAGUUAAUUUAGUAGCAGUGGCCCUGUUUCGGGAAACCACUUAAGUACAUGCUCCGCUUUGAAUACGAGUAAUUCCAUUGAUGUAAUGGGAGUGCUUCUGUGCUUAAAGUUACACACAUAGCCAAGUGUAUUCCUGCAUUGGAUCCAUGUGCUGAUCUGCUGUGACUAAAGAUGUACAUGUGUAUUUAAUCAAAAUUCUGAAACAGAUAUUGGUAUCCAAACCAAAACACACAUAAACCAGCCUAUUUCUCUAGCUGCUUGUAGGAGCAGUGAUUUUAAUGGAAUUGCACUGGCAUAAAACUGGAGUAAUGCAGAGGUUACUCAAGCCCUAUUUACAUUAAAAGAAAAUACUAUGAGCUCAGUUCUGCCCUAUUAUGUACAAGGUUGAAUUAAAGGGAAGAAUUUUGCCCUGUUGUCCUUAUUUUGAUCUCACUUGUGCCUUUUACACCCAUAUAGCUCCACUGAUUUCAGGGGGGUUAUUCUGAUUGAUACCGGUGUGUGAGAGAGCAGAACCAGAUCUCCUGUAUGUGCAAGGGAGCUGAGUUACAACUGUUAUUAGAACUACAGGUCCAUCCUCUGCUCAUUUCCACUAAGGCUAUGUCUCAGCUUUGGCAGUGUAAAGGAUGGGGCUUUAAAAUGGCCAGGAAUGUUACAACCCCUUUCUACUAUCUGAACAGUGUUGGGUGGCCUUUUUAUUAAAUCUUGAUUUGUCCUUUUGAAAGAUCAGACUUCAUGUUGUGUAAGGUUUUUACAGUCUCUACGUGAUGUAUCUGUUUUUAUAACUUUCCUUUCCUGUUCUGUUAAAUCACUAUUUUCAAAUCUGUUUGACUAAAUGCAAGCUACGAUUUUUAGAUGACCAUGGGUUUUUGUAACAGUAUAAUCAUUGGGCUUUUGUACAUGAUUAUAAAUUUUCAUAUUCAUAUGUUUUAUUUUUGUAUCAAUUUUUUAAAAUAAAGAAUUCAUUACACCCUAA